AUGACUAUAGAUCAAAUACCCGUCUGGUUAGAUUGUGAUCCAGGUACUGAUGAUGCCUUUGCAAUCUUAUUAUCUUUACUUCAUCCAAAAUUCAAUUUGUUAGGUAUAUCUACCGUUUAUGGUAAUACUGAUAUCGAUAAUACUACUCAUAACGCUUUAGCAUUAUCUGAUCUUUUAAAUAAACCUGUCCCUGUUUAUAGAGGUGUGAAUCAUCCUUUAGCAAAACCUCCAAGAUAUGCUGCUUAUUGUCACGGAGUUUCAGGAAUGGGUGAUGUUGAAUUACCUAAAAAUCCAAGAUUCAAAGAAGCCACCGAUAAACCAUAUCAUGAAGCUAUUAGAGAUGCUAUUUUAGCUUAUGAGAAUGAAAUAUGUCUUGUGGUUGUUGGUGCUUACACAAACAUCCAUAUCUUAUUUUCGAAGUAUCCAGAACUUAAAUCCAAAAUCAAAUUAAUGUCAAUGAUGGGUGGAGCUUUCGAUUUCGGAAAUAUCACUCCACAUGCUGAGUUUAAUGUUUUUGCUGAUCCUAAAGCUGCCAAUGAACUCAUCACUGACCCAGAAUUGAUGAAUAAAAUCAUCAUUAAUGGUUUAAAUUUCACUCAUUCAGCUGUUGCUACUAAAAAGAUUCGUGAUUCUUUGUUCAGUAAAGGUACACCCAUAAGAAAAACAUUUGAAGACAUUUUGAACUAUUAUAACAAACAUCAUUCAGAGAAAUAUAAAGACUCUGAAGGUCCUCCAAUCCAUGACCCAUUGGCUGUAUUUACAGUCUUACCUUUCUCAUCAAAUCCUGAGGAUUAUGGGGUUGAAUAUGUUAGAAGAAGAGUUAAGGUAAUUGAAUCAGGGGAAAUGGAGGGAGCUACUGUAUUUGUAAAUGGCUCAAAAUUGACUGAUCCAGGCAACGAAGAAGAGGGUUGUAUGGUUCCAUAUAAGAUUAACAAUGAAUUAUUCUAUAGUUAUAUCGGCGAGGCUUUAGAUAUCGCCGAUAACUUAUCGUUAGCAUAA